UCUUCAUUACCAUACGAAAGUGACGUCAUUAUUUGUGCUACUAGCGAAUAUUAAUCAUCGUCCCAUUGUUGUUUGAUGAAGCAUAACGUUAGCUGGUUAGCUAAGUGAGGACCUACACAAGUCACCAUGGGGAAAGAUCCUAGGAAGCCGAGAGGAAAGAUGUCGUCAUAUGCUUACUUCGUUCAGACCUGCAGGGCGGAGCACAAGAAGAAACACCCAGAAGCCAGUGUGAACUUCGCCGAGUUCUCCAAGAAAUGCUCAGAGCGAUGGAAGCCCCUGUCUCCUAAUGAAAAAGGAAAGUUUGAAGACAUGGCGAAGCAAGACAAGGGCCGCUAUGAGAGAGAAAUGAAGAACUACAUCCCACCCAAUGGCCAGAAAAAGAAGAGGUUCAAGGAUCCCAAUGCCCCCAAGAGACCGCCGUCUGCGUUCUUCAUCUUCUGUGCUGACUUCCGGGCCAAGAUAAAGAGCGAGCACCCAGGCCUGUCCAUUGGAGACACUGCUAAGAAGCUGGGAGUAAUGUGGAACAGCUCUGCAGCUGAGGAGAAGAAGCCGUACGAGAAGAAGGCAGCCACGCUGAAGGAGAAAUAUGACAAGGAUAUUGCAUCAUACCGCACCAAUGGUAGAGUGGAUACUGCCUCCUCCGCAGCUGCUGAUGACGACGACGAAGAUGAGGAGGAUGACGACGACGAUGAGGAGGAUGACGAGUAGCCUCCCUACUGUUGGAGAGUACAUUGUUGUUUAAUGCUAUGUAACCCUAUUGUACACACUUUACAUCUCCGAACAGACCCAGACGCAACGAGAACACAUUAAGCUCUGUGUGUAUUUCAUGUUUUAAUGAUGGAUGGUGUUAUGCUCCCUAACUGGUUAAAGCUAACACUACAUGUCUUGUUUUGUUCUUGUAGUAGCCCUUUUUUCCUGCCCAUGCCUGUAACUGCUUUGGAGGAUUAUAAAUCAAUAUGGAAGUAAUAAGUUCUCUUUACGUGUGCAACUCUCAAAUCAGAUUUCGGGGUUGGUAGCAAGUGAAUUAUUUCUUUUCUGUAUUUGUUUUUAAAGGAUAUUUUUUCAUGUUUGUCACACGGUCUUUUUAUUGUUAUUUGAAUACCACUCUGAUAACAAAUGCAGCUGACAUUCAGGAAUGUCUUAAAUAAAGUUUUUUUUAAAUAAA